AUGAACAAAAUGGAGGAAAAUCGCUGCGGACGAAAGGAGAAGGGCUUCUGUGGCAGAGCGUUCCCCUAUGGUGAUGAGAGCUGUUCGCUGGUGUCUCCGGAGAAGGACAGAUUUUCUCUGCGCUCAGAGCUAAAGCCUCAUCAGCGUCGGGGUUUUCUCUUGGUUCCACAGACGUUCUACCAGAAGAAGCGGCUCCACUGUACCGUCCUGGACCAGCUGACAGGGGACCAGAAGGUGUUUAAAGUCCCACAAGAUUUGUAUUUGACCAGUUCCGCCGCCGCAGUCGUCACAACUGUCACCGUUACCGUGAGGCCAACAAUUGUUCCAGAAGAAACCAGAGAGACCCCCCUCAGCUCCAUCAGGCUCAGAGUUGUGGCCGGCCUGGUGGCAGCAGUGGGACCAGCGCUGGUGAUUCUGGCACUGGUAAAAGUCUGGUGCAGAUGUCGUAAAGGCGAACAACGCUGA